GUGAUUAAUAGUUUAUCCAUCCAACAACUCCAAGAAAAAGAAGUAGAAGAAGAAGAAGAAUUUUCAACGAUUCUGAAAAUGAUGAUAAAGAGCAAAUCCGGAUGAUUCUCAUGAUUAUCAAUGUGUCCAAAGAUGAUGAUGGUGUCUCUCUUGAGUUUAGAGUUAGCGCUUAUGCCAAUGUGAUUGUGAUUGAUAGUGUAUCUAUCAAACAACCCCAAGAAUCUCAGAAUGCCGACCAAGGACCUGAUUUUGACUAUGUGUUCUUGGAGAUCAGAGGUAUCAAGCCGACCAUCACUGACUUUUUGGCACAUUAUAUGUCCAACAAAGACAGCAGAGAGUAUCUUCAUUGGCUCAAGGAUGUCAAGUCUUUUGUUGAGAAGUAAAACUCAUCUCUGUUUCCAUGAAUGAUAAGAGAGUGAAACAACUUUUAGGUAAUAUUUUUUCUUACAAAACUUUUGAGUUUUGAUGAACUUGUUAUCACUAUUAUCCAGAGUAUAUGUUGCAAGGAGUUGUUGUUUGUUAACAUUAUUUGCUACAUGUAUUUACUUUUGAUUUGAUCUUUCUUUCUAGUUUCAA